ACCCUUCCAGUGCGUGUAGCAGUUUGAGAGCUCUGUGGAAACCGUCAAGAUUACGCAGUUUGGCGAACAGUUUCUACAUCAGGGCGACUUUCUUGGCUCCUAUUGCGACUCAUUCCCGAUCCAUUCUCAACUAGUUGAACCUGCAGCAUGCGCAGCGAAGUCCAUGGCGCAUCAAGGUCAUAGUUAUUUCGACUUUUAUCCGGAGGACCGCGAAGAAGAUAAGAAGGAGCUACUCCUGCUUCCCGUUUCCAGUCACACGGCCUGCAGUAUCUCAAACAACUCGACCAAUUCAGCAGACUUCAGUUCGCUGCUAGCUACCGAGACGGCCGUCGAUCUCUCUGCUCUGUUGGAUCCUUCGAGCAACCAGGAGGCGGUUGCCGCAAAUCAGGAACUGUUCGACGAGCUCUUUAGACAGCCUGGCAUGAAUUCGAGGUCACGUUCCCCAAAUCUGAUGCAACUGCACGCACCCAAGAUGGAACCGAUCCCUACGUCGAGAUCUGAUCAUCAACUUCAUAGAAACGGUCUUAACAUGCAGCAGUUCUCGAACCAGACGAUGCUGAGCUUCGAGUCAACAGCUGUUUCGACAAAGACCACGCCUACCCCUUCAUCCAUGCUGGACAUUUCAUCUGUUGGUAGCGGAGAUCAAGCGUCUAGAAAGACGGCCGCUGGAUCAAAACGACGUUGGCAGACGAUGGAUAAGACUAGCGAAGAGUACAGAAAGAGAAGAGAGCGAAACAACGUGGCUGUCAAGAAGUCAAGAGAGAAGAGUCGACAGCGAACCGUGCAAACAGAAAACCGAGUGUCUGAGCUGACGCAGGAGAAUCAACGUCUUCACGCGAGGAUCGCGUUACUCACGAAGGAACUAGAAGUCCUCAAGAGUCUCUUUGCUAGUCAUCCAGUGUCUGGCGCCCAAGGAAAGGAGUUGUCGCCAUUAGUUCGACGUGCUGAUCAGGACAGUUGACUGUUAACAUUAUGACAAUGACUAUGACAAUGUUUUCACUUGUGCAAGAGUUUUUUUUUUGAAAUAUUUGAUUUGAGAUAGAAUUAGUAGGUAGCCUGAGCUUUUGAACUGGGAGAGCAGCUAUUGCCUGUAUCGUAGUCUGAGGUAUAUUUUAACACUAAUUUGCUAUGAAUUACUACCUCAAGAUGAAAGGCUUCGACAUUGA